CAAGUUGGACCAAUUCUUUUUUGUUUGUUUUUGAGGAGUGGAGGAAAAAAAUAAAAAAAUAUAUUGUUUGGGGUGUUUGAAGGAUGGCCUCCCAGUUUCACCAGCUUCGGAUCCUGGUCUGGAAGAACUGGCUAGGUGUCAAAAGGCAGCCGCUUUGGACACUUGUCUUGAUAUUAUGGCCAGUCAUUAUUUUUAUAAUUUUGGCAAUUACCCGGACCAAAUUUCCUCCAAGAGCAAAACAAACUUGUUACCUUGCACCUCGAAACCUUCCUAGUACUGGCUUCUUCCCGUUCCUUCAAACCCUACUGUGUGACACAGAUUCUAAAUGCAAAGACACACCCUAUGGCCCACAGGAUCUGCUUCGCAGGAAAGGGAUUGAUGACGCGUUAUUUAAAGACAGUGUGAUUCUGAGAAAGUCGUCCAACCUGCUGAAGGGCAGCAAUUUAUCACUCCAGAGCACUGAAGUUCCAGAAAGGAGACAUGCAUCACCAGCCACUGUAUUUCCCAGUCCACGCUCUCAUUUGGAAAGUGCUGGAACAGAUACCUUCAAUGGUAGCCAAGUCCUUGCCAGGAUCCUUGAUUUGGAAAAGCUAUUAAAUCAAAAUGCAACUUCAGAAGACAUACGAAGAGAGCUGUGUGAGAGCUACCCAGGAUACACUGCUGAUUACACCUUCUCUUGGACCACUCUAGGGAAAAAUGUUGUAAACAAAUUUUGCCUGUCCAACAUGACCCUUUUAGAGUCUUCUCUCCAAGAAUUAACAAAUCAAUUCUCUCAGAUAUCAAGGGACCCCAAUAACCAGAAGACAGUAUUUCAGGACAUGGUCAAAAUUCUAUCCCUCUUCUCAAAAGUACAAGAGCAGACAGCUGUGUGGCAGCUUCUCUCUAGUUUUCCAGAUGUGUUUCAGAAUGACACGACACUAAGCCAUGUAUUUGAUGUUCUUCGAAAUGCAAACAGUGCGCUGCUGGUCGUGCAGAAGGUUUUUCCACGUCUCACAACUAACGAAGGUUUCAGAACUCUCCAUAAAUCUGUUAAACAUCUGCUGUACACUCUGAACUCCCCAGCUCAAGGCACCUCUGAUAAUACAACGCAUACAUGGAAUGAAGAAGAAGCCCAGUCACUUUCUCCAAGCAGCCUGGCUGCACAGCUCCUACUACUAGAAAACUUUGAAGAUGCCCUCUUAAAUAUAUCAGCAGAUAGUCCUUAUAUUCCUUACUUGGCAUGUGUGAGAAAUGUCACUGACAACUUGGCCAGGGGAUCACAAGAAAAUUUAAGGCUCCUGCAGUCCACAAUUCGAUUUAAAAAAUAUUUUCUUCAAAAUGGUUCUUAUGAAGAUCACUUCCCUUCACUUCCUGAAGUCCUAAAAUCAAAAGUGACUCAGCUUCGACACUUGACCAAACUUCUUUGUGAGCCUGAAACUUUCAGUUCAGUGGAGAAAAUGUGCCAGCUCUCCGGCAUGAACUUCAGAAGCCUGUGUGAAGAGAGUGCAUUCCAUGUGCAGCUCCUUGAAGCAGCAGAGCUCGGCACCGAAAUAGCCACCAGCUUAUUAUACCAAGACAACAUCAUAUCUAAAAAUCUGAAGGACCUGCUUACUGGGGAUUCAGUCAAAAUUAACUUAAAUAUGGAUCAGUUUCUAGAACAAGCGUUGCAAAUGAAUUACUUGGAAAACAUUACACGAUUAAUACCGGCCAUAGAAGCCACACUGCAUGUCAAUAACAGUGCAGACACUUCUGAAAAGCCAGGUCAAUUAAUCGAAAUGUUUAAAAAUGUUGAAGAGCUGAAAGAAGAACUAAGGAGAAUGACAGGAAUGUCCAAUAGGAGUAUCGACAAUUUGCUGGCCAUUCCUAUUCCGGAUAACAGAGCUGAGAUUAUUUCUCGUGUGUUCUGGUUGCAUUCUUGUGGUGCUAAUAGGACCAAUCCCAAACUGGAAGAUGCGAUGAAGGAAUUCUGCAGCCUGCCUCUUCCUGAGCGAUCCCGCCAGUCUUACCUCAUUGGAAUCACUCUGCUGCACUACUUAGACAUCUACAACUUCACAUACAAGGUGAUUUUCCCCAGGGAAGAUCAAAAGCCAGUAGAAAAGUUGAUAGAACUCUUCGUGAAGCUAAAAGGCAUUCUCAACCAGCUGGCUUCUGGCACCCGUCCGCUGCUCAGCAAAAUGAGGUCCCUGAAGCAAAUGCAUCUGCCCAGAAGUGUCCCCUUAACACAGGCAAUGUACAGAAGCAACCGGAUGAGUGCAACUCCAGGGUCAUUUAGUACCAUCUCCCAAGCGUUGUGUUCCCAAGGAAUUACCACUGAAUACUUAAUCGCCUUGCUGCCCUCCUCCCAGAGGCAAAAAGGCAACCACACCAAAGAUUUUUUGACUUAUAAAUUAAGUAAAGAGGAAAUUGCUGAAAAAUAUGGAAUUCCCAUACAUGCCACACCCUUUUGCUUUUCCCUUUAUAAAGACAUCAUUAACAUGCCUGCUGGACCUGUGAUUUGGGCUUUCUUGAAACCUAUGUUGCUGGGAAAGAUUUUGUAUGCACCAUAUACUCCAGUCACAAAGGCAAUAAUGGAAAAGUCUAAUGUAACUCUGAGGCAGCUGGCAGAAUUAAGAGAAAAAUCUCAGGAGUGGAUGAAUCAGUCACCACUUUUCAUGAAUUCCUUCCAUCUGUUAAACCAGACGAUUCCAAUGCUCCAGGUAGGAGAUGAUAUUCUAAGGCUGAAAUUAGAGAACAGCAUCGACCUCAUUGAUCAUCUCAACACACUAUCUUCCCUGACAGUAAAUAUUUCCUCCUGUGUAUUAUAUGACCGCAUUCAGGCAGCAGAAAGUGUAGAUGAAAUGGAGAGAGAGGCUGAAAGACUCUACAAAAGCAACGAACUCUUUGGAAGUGUUAUAUUUAAGCUGCCUUCUAACACAAGCCAAUACAGAGGCUAUGAAUCUGACGAUGUCUCUCUUCCUCCUGUCGUAAAAUAUACCAUCCGCAUGAGUCUCAAGACCUCACAGACCACAAGAAACAUCAGGGCCAAGAUUUGGGCCCCGGGGCCGCAUAAUUCUCCAUCACACAACCAGAUCUAUGGCCGGGCUUUUGUUUACUUACAGGAUAAUAUUGAAAGAGCAAUCAUUGAAUUGCAGACUGGAAGGAACUCCCAGGAAAUAGCAGUCCAGGUCCAAGCAAUUCCUUACCCCUGCUACAUGAAAGACAACUUCCUAACCAGUGUCUCUUAUUCUCUUCCAAUCGUGCUCAUGGUUGCCUGGGUUGUAUUUAUAGCUGCAUUUGUAAAAAAGCUUGUCUAUGAGAAAGACCUCCGGCUUCAUGAGUACAUGAAGAUGAUGGGUGUGAACUCCUCCAGUCAUUUUUUUGCCUGGCUGAUCGAGAGUGUUGGGUUUUUGCUGGUUACAAUUGCCAUCCUCAUCUUUAUCCUCAAGUUUGGCAAUAUUCUUCCUAAAACCAAUGGGUUCAUUCUGUUCCUGUAUUUUUCGGACUAUAGCUUGUCAGUUAUUGCCAUGAGCUAUCUCAUCAGUGUCUUUUUUAACAACACCAACAUCGCCGCUCUGAUCGGAAGCCUCAUAUAUAUCAUUGCCUUUUUCCCGUUUAUUGUUCUGGUCACAGUUGACGACGAGUUGAGCUAUGUAGUGAAAGUAUUCAUGAGCCUUCUGUCGCCAACAGCAUUCAGUUAUGCAAGUCAAUACAUUGCACGAUACGAGGAGCAGGGCAUUGGUCUUCAGUGGGAAAAUAUGUACAGUUCCCCUGUUCAGGACGACACCACCUCCUUUGGCUGGCUGUGCUGUCUAAUUCUAGCUGACUCUUUCAUUUACUUCCUUAUUGCUUGGUAUGUCAGGAAUGUUUUCCCAGGUACAUAUGGCAUGGCAGCCCCGUGGUAUUUCCCAAUCCUUCCUUCCUAUUGGAAGGAGCGAUUUGGAUGCGCAGAGGUGAAGCAUGAGAAAAGCAAUGGCCUUAUGUUUACUAAUAUCAUGAUGCAGAACACCAACCCGUCUGCCAGUCCUGAAUACAUGUUUCCUUCCAACAUUGAGCCUGAACCUAAAGAUCUCACAGUUGGAGUUGCCCUGCAUGGAGUCACAAAGACCUAUGGCUCAAAAAUUGCUGUUGAUAACCUCAAUCUGAACUUUUAUGAAGGACACAUCACUUCAUUGCUAGGACCCAAUGGAGCAGGGAAAACUACUACCAUCUCCAUGUUGACUGGGCUGUUUGGGACCUCAGCAGGUACCAUCUUUGUUGACGGGAAAGAUAUCAAAAAGGACCUGCACAACGUGCGGAAGAGCAUGGGCGUCUGCAUGCAGCAUGACGUCCUGUUCAGUUACCUCACCACCAAGGAGCACCUGCUCCUAUAUGGCUCCAUCAAAGUUCCCCACUGGACCAAAAAGCAGCUGCACGAGGAAGUGAAAAGGACUUUAAAAGAUACUGGACUGUAUAGUCAUCGUCAUAAGAGAGUUGGAACAUUGUCAGGAGGCAUGAAGAGGAAGUUAUCCAUAUCCAUAGCUCUCAUUGGUGGAUCAAGGGUGGUCAUUUUGGAUGAACCGUCCACUGGAGUUGACCCAUGUUCUCGCCGAAGUAUAUGGGAUGUCAUAUCCAAGAACAAAACUGCCAGAACAAUCAUCCUGUCGACGCACCACUUGGAUGAGGCCGAAGUGCUGAGCGACCGCAUUGCCUUCCUGGAGAUGGGGGGGCUCCGCUGCUGCGGGUCACCCUUCUACCUCAAGGAGGCAUUUGGGGACGGGUACCACCUCACGCUCACCAAGAAAAAGAGUCCAAAUCUAAAUGCAAGUGCAAUAUGUGACACGAUGGCUGUGACAGCAAUGAUCCGGUCACACCUCCCUGAAGCCUACUUGAAGGAGGACAUCGGGGGAGAGCUUGUUUACGUCCUUCCUCCAUUUAGCACCAAAGUCUCAGGGGCCUACCUGUCACUCCUAAGAGCGCUGGACGACGGCAUGGGUGACCUCAACAUCGGGUGCUAUGGCAUUUCAGAUACCACCGUGGAGGAGGUCUUUCUGAACUUGACUAAAGAGUCGCACAAACCCAGUAACAUGAGUCUUGAGCACUUAACACAAAAGAAGAUUGGAAAUUCCAGUACCAAUGGCAUCUCAACUCCUGAUGAUUUAUCUGUGAGCAGCAGCAACUUCACAGACAGAGAUGACAAAAUCCUGACAUCAGGAGAGAGACUGGAUGGUUUUGGACUGUUACUGAAGAAGAUAAUGGCUAUCCUCAUUAAGAGGUUCCACCACACCCGCAGGAACUGGAAAGGUUUCGUUGCCCAGGUCAUCCUCCCCAUCGUCUUCGUCACCACUGCCAUGGGCCUCGGCACACUGAAAAAUUCCAGUAACAGUUAUCCUGAGAUCCAGAUCUCCCCAUCUCUCUAUGGUACCUCUGAACAGACAGCUUUCUACGCGAAUUCUAACCCAAGCACAGCAGCCCUGGUCUCAGCAAUGUGGACCUUCCCUGGCAUCGACAACAUGUGUUUGAACUCCAGUGAUAUAAGCUGUUUAGAAAAAGACAGUCUGGGAAAAUGGAACAGCAGUGGAGAACGUAUCAGUAACUUUGGAGUUUGCUCUUGCUCGGAAAAUGUCCAGGAAUGUCCUAAGUUUAACUACUCUCCACCUCACAGAAGAACUUAUUCUUCCCAAGUAAUUUAUGACCUCACUGGGCACCGCUUGGAAAAUUAUCUUAUAUCAACUGCUAAUGAGUUUAUGCAAAAAAGAUAUGGAGGUUGGAGUUUUGGGCUGCCUUUGACUAAUGACCUUCGUUUCGAUGUAACAGCAGUUCCUGCCAAUAGAACACUUGCCAAGUCAACUGUGGAUCAAAUACUCAUUCUAGAAACAGAAUCUUUUGCAAUCUUCACUUCAGAGAAAACACCAUUUUCCUCCAACUGCUUUGGCAUUUUCUUAGCAGGAGGAACCAUAAUGAAACAGCAAGAGAUAGAUAGUCCUGAGAUGUGGAGCAUCAGAAAAGGGCAGAGUCAAAGUGCCAUCAUCAUGUAUAGUCACCCUUAUCCAGGCGUGCAAGACCAAGAACAAGCCACAAUGAGCAGCCUCAUCGAUGUCUUAGUGGCCCUCUCCAUCCUGAUGGGCUACUCUGUCACGACCGCCAGCUUUGUCACCUAUGUUGUAAGGGAGCAUCAGACCAAAGCCAAGCAGUUGCAGCACAUUUCAGGCAUCGGUGUGACAUGCUACUGGGUAACAAACUUCAUAUAUGACAUGGUCUUCUACUUGGUGCCUGUAGCAUUUUCAAUUGGUGUCAUUGCAAUUUUCAAGUUACCUGCUUUCUACAAUGGGAACAACCUAGGUGCUGUAUCUCUCCUACUCCUGCUAUUUGGGUAUGCCACAUUUUCUUGGAUGUAUUUGCUGGCUGGCAUCUUCCAUGAAACAGGAAUGGCUUUCAUCACUUAUGUCUGCAUCAACCUUUUCUUUGGCAUCAAUUCCAUUGUUUCCUUGUCGGUGGUAUACUUUCUAUCCAAGGAAAAGCUUAACGAUCCGACUUUAGAACUUAUUUCUGAAACCCUCAAGCGCAUUUUCCUGAUAUUCCCACAAUUCUGUUUUGGCUACGGAUUGAUUGAACUUUCUCAGCAACAGUCGGUCCUGGACUUCUUAAAAGCAUACGGUGUGGAAUACCCAAGUGAAACCUUUGAGAUGGAUAAACUAGGUGCAAUGUUCGUGGCUUUGGUUGCUCAGGGCACCAUGUUCUUUUUCUUGCGACUCUUAAUCAAUGAAUGGCUAAUAAAAAAAUUCAGACUCUUCUUCAGAAAAUUUAAUUCUUCACCUGUAAUUGAGACAAUAGAUGAAGAUGAAGAUGUGCGGACUGAGAGAUUAAGAGUUGAGAAUGGUGCAGGCGAAUUUGACCUGGUCCAACUCCAUCGUCUCACCAAGUCCUACCAACUUAUCCACAAAAAGAUUAUAGCUGUAAACAACAUCAGCAUUGGGAUACCUGCUGGGGAGUGCUUUGGCCUUCUUGGGGUGAAUGGAGCAGGAAAGACCACUAUCUUCAAAAUGCUGACUGGAGACAUAAUUCCUUCAAGUGGACACAUUCUGAUUAGAAAUAAGACUGGAUCUCUGGCUCAUGUAGACUCUCACAGCUCACUAGUUGGCUACUGUCCUCAGGAAGAUGCCUUAGAUGACCUGGUAACAGUGGAAGAGCAUUUGUAUUUCUAUGCCAGGAUACAUGGAAUUCCAGAAAAGGAUAUUAAAGAAACUGUUCAUAAACUCCUGCGCAGACUUCACCUGAUGCCUUACAAGGACAGGGCUACGUCUCUAUGCAGUUAUGGCACAAAAAGAAAACUAUCCACCGCACUGGCCUUGAUCGGGAAGCCUUCCAUCCUACUGCUGGAUGAGCCAAGCUCUGGGAUGGAUCCUAAGUCAAAACGGCACCUCUGGAAGAUCAUUUCCGAGGAAGUACAGAAUAAAUGUUCAGUCAUCCUCACAUCUCACAGCAUGGAAGAAUGUGAAGCUCUCUGCACCAGGCUGGCCAUCAUGGUGAAUGGGAGGUUCCAGUGCAUUGGAUCCUUGCAGCAUAUAAAGAGCAGGUUUGGACGAGGAUUUACUGUCAAGGUUCACGUGAAGAAUACCAAAGCUAGCAUGGAGGCCCUCACAAGGUUCAUGCAACUGCACUUCCCAAAAACAUACUUAAAAGAUCAGCACCUCAGUAUGCUCGAGUACCACGUGCCAGUCACGGCAGGAGGAGUGGCAAACAUUUUUGAUCUGCUGGAAACCAACAAGACUGCUUUAAAUAUCACAAACUUCUUAGUGAGCCAGACUACUCUGGAGGAGGUUUUCAUCAACUUUGCCAAAGACCAGAAAUCCUAUGGAAAUGUUGAUACCAGUAUCCAAGGCUCCACCAUAAGUGUUGACUCACAGGAUGACCGGUUGUAGUCUUGAGACCUCCAGCAAACCCGAUCGCAGCAAAGCCAAUGGCUUCAUUUUGAGGAAGAACUGCAGAAGGCACCACUCCCUUGAAGAUGCCACUUCCUUAGGACAUCUUCAUUUGAAAGUGUUAUACUGUAUAGAAAGUUACAAUUGUGUAAGACUAGCAAGUAACUAUACAUGGAGAAUUUUCUUCCUAAGGCUACUGAAUGUUGUUGCUACUGAAAUGAAUUCCUAUCUACUCAAUGCUGUGAGCAUGCUAAUGUAUAUGCUGGUGGUUUUUAUGCAAAGAAGAACUACCUGAAGAUGAAUGUCUUAAUUUAUUACUUUCAAUAAAAAGAAACCUUAAAAGGCAUGGUUAUUAGUUGAAAAGUAAGAGUGGAAAAGAAAAAUAAGGUAGCCUGGGGUAGGUAGAAUUGGGAGAACAAAAAAAAAUGUUUCCAACAAAUAGCAGAAUGAAAAUCAUCAUGAAUAAAUGAAUCUGCUGUGAUGUGCUAAGGGCCAGAAUAGCAUUGGCAGUAAGCAGUGGGCACGAUGUCAUUUUCCAUUCCUGCAAACACUUGGGGACAGACCGAACCCCGCCCCCCACAAUGGCUUUCUACAAGAAUGUCAUAGGAAGGCAGUUUGCCCUGGUGGUAAACAGAACUUAGACGUAUUCCCGACGUGCCUUGACAAUAGGCAGGCACAGGGCAGAGCAAGAUGCUACUUUCUCUUCAGGGAAAAACAGGUGUGUCAGCUGGGCAGACACAAAUCCUGAAAACUGCUAGAGAAUCCAUGUGCUGCUGGCAGGCCAGUGGGUUUGUUUUUUAAGCUCUUACAGAAAGCCUUGUAUUCUGGGUCUCUCUGCAGGAACGAUUCCUGUGGAGAAAAAAUGAACAUGAAGAUAAUUUUCAGCUAAUUACCCGCCUGACCCAGAAUCAUCUCAAUGGCUAUAAGAUUGAUUGACUUCGUAAUAAUGCCAAAUUAUAUGGCCCUCAGGGAAGGUGCUUUAUGUAACAUUUGCGUGUGUGUGUGUGUGUGUGCGUGCACGCGCUGUAUGUGUGUGUGUGUACAAGUUUGCCAGCUUUGGCACAACUGUUUCUGUUUCAAAAAUCAAUAAAUGCAAGGUUCAAAAAA